UGGGACUCUUGGAAUAGCCUGAAGUAACUUCGUGAUUUGUGAGACUCUUACUUCUUCUUCUGACUGUUUGGCUAUUCUUUGCUCAUUUUCUUGAUUCAUUCCUUUUUCCGAAGAGAACAAUGGUUUUUGCAGAGGUCAUUCUUGGUGCAGUCCUUCAAGUGCUGGUUGACCGGUUAACGAAGCUCGAAUGGCCGAACUUUGCCGGCCGAGAGGGAGUUCAAGAAUGGUUGGACGAUUGGAAGGAAAAAUUUUCACUAGUUCGGAUGGCGCUUAAAGAUGCAACUGAGGAGCAAUACACUAAAGAAGUAGUGAAAGCAUGGCUCAACGAUUUCACACAAUUGGCAUACGACGUGGAAGAUAUUCUGGAUGAGCUGUCCACGGAAGCUAAUUCGCAACGCAUCAUGUUGAUUGAUGAAAGCCAGGCUAGCACGAGUAAGGUAGGGAAUCUUGCCACUGCUUGUGUUAACCGUUUGUCUCCAAGUGUUUUUGAGUUCAAGAUUACGAUGAGAAAAAAGAUAAAGAAGAUCACUUCUCGAUUAGAUAAACUUGUGACACGAAAAGAUAAACUGAACUUGGAUAACAAUAUUGUUGAGACGGCAAACACAAGAACAAAGAAAACGCCUUCAACUUCUUUGGUGACUGCCACAGAUCACAUGUAUGGCAGGGAGAAGGAGUCAGAGGAUGUACUUAAACUAUUGCUCAGUGAUCCUGCUUCAACUGAAGUAAACGUGAUUUCUAUAAUUGGUAUGGGGGGUAUAGGCAAGACAAGACUCGCCCAGUUUGUAUACAAUGAUAAAAAGGUGAAAAACUUUUUUAAUCUGAAAGCAUGGGUUUGUGUUUCUGAAUAUUUUGAUGUUGAGGCGAUUACAAAAACAAUAUUACUCCAUGCGCAACCUAAAAUCAACUGUGACAACAUGGAUCUAAAUCGGUUGCAACUCAAGCUAAAAGAGGCAAUACGUAGGAAGAGGUUUCUAAUUGUUCUGGAUGAUGUUUGGAAUCGUGACAUUUUUCAGUGGACACUCCUGUGUGCUCCUUUCGAAGCAAUGGAUCCAAGAAGCAGCAUUAUCAUCACAACUCGUGAUCAAGAAGUCUCGUCACAGAUGACCGCCUUUAAAGUUAAACCUUACAGGUUAGGACCAUUGUCAAAUGAAGCUUCUUUGUCUCUAUUUGCCCAACAUGCAUUGCCUUCAAGAGACAUUAGUGCACAUCCGGAGCUUAAAGAUAUUAGUGAGAAAAUUGUGAAAAACUUUAACGGCUUGCCUCUAGCGGUAAAAGCCGUCGGAAGCCUCUUACACAAUAAGAAGCAAAGUAAGUGGGAUUUAGUUUUAAACAGAAAAGUAUGGGAUACAUUGGAGGAAACUGGAAUCGCUUCAAUUCUUAUGUUGAGCUAUCACCAUCUCCCCUUACAUUUAAAGAGGUGCUUUGCGUAUUGUUCUAUAUUCCCAAAGGACUAUAAAUUUGAGAAGACUCAGGUGGUUCUUUUAUGGAUGGCCGAAGGUUUGAUUCAGCAAGAAGAGAACAUCGAAAUGGAAGAUUUAGGUAUGGAGUAUUUUGACAAUCUGGUUUCAUGUUCACUUUUCCAACAGUCUAGCGAGAACAAAUCAAGAUUUCUAAUGCAUGAGAUCAUCAAUUAUGUUGCUAAAUUGGCAGCAGGAGAUACAUGCUUUAGAACGCAGGAUAGAGCUAAGGGCAAUUAUGAUCAGCAAGCUGAGAAUAAUUUUGAAAAGGUCCGCCACCUGUCUUACUUGGGUGGCGAAUACGAUAGUUUUGACAAGUUUGAGGUAUUUUCUAAAUUCACUCAUUUACGUACCUUCUUACCUCUUAUGUUGCCAUCUCCAGUCACUUGUUAUCUGGAUUUUCGUGUUCCUCUUCAAUUGCACCCAAGGCUACGACGCCUGAGGGUUCUCUCUUUAAGGGGGUACGGCAUAACUGAGCUAUCUGAUUCAGUUAGUAAGUUAAAGCAUCUAAGGUACCUCGACCUUUCUGAAACUUGGAUCAAAAGCAUGCCCGAAUUAAUAACGGAUCUCUACAACUUACAAACAUUGUUGUUAGAGGAUUGUUUUUAUUUAGAUAAAUUGCCUUCGAUGUUUGGGAACCUGGUCAACCUUCGCCACCUCAAUAUUCUAGGAGCAACUAAUUUGAAAGGAAUGCCUAGGCAAAUAGGGCAAUUAAAAUUUCUCCAAACACUGUCUAAUGUGGUUAUUGGAGACGGUGGUUGCUUCGGAAUAAAAGAUCUAGCAUCUUUGUCACAUCUUCAAGGGACUCUCUGCAUUUCAAACUUGGAGAAAGUGACAGAACUCCAACAUGCAAGGGACGCUGAUUUAAUAAAUAAGCCCCAAAUUAGGGAGUUGUCGUUGGAAUGGAGUGAAAGCAUGACUAGGGAUGGAACAAGUGAGUUAAAUGUACUCAACAUGCUACAGCCUCACAACGGUUUGGAAGUGCUUACUAUUAGCCGCUAUGGUGGUACAGAAUUUCCGAGGUGGUUAUAUUUAAAAAGUCCUUUUCAUGAUAUGGUGGUCUUGACAAUUGAGAAUUGUAAAGAUCGAGUGCUAGUCAUUGCCACCAAUCGGGCAAUUACCAGCACUAAAAGUCCUUUCCAUCCGCGGCAUGGCUAAUGUGAAGAAAGUUGGUGCUGAGUUUCGUGGGGCUGGUGUCUCACCUUUUAGAUCGUUGGAGACUUUGCAUUUCCAAGAUAUGAAAGAGUGGGUGGAUUGGAAUUCUUGUGAAGAAUUCCCAAAUUUAUGUGAGCUUUCACUUAGAAGUUGUCCCAAGCUAUCGGGAAAUAUACCGAAACGCCUUCCUUUGCUAAAGAAUGUUCAGAUAGAUGGUUGUGGGAAGU